GUUCUCCUCAAAUUAGUCUUGAAUCGGUUCGCCACCAGGUGCGUUAAUCUCAACUAAAAUCGCGUUCCCGACGUUGUUUUUCCAUAUUGUUUCAAUGUCUGAAAAUAUCGGAACACGUAAUAUUAAAAGCGAUUUUCUAGAGAAACGAACCGAAUCGAAUCGACUGUACGCCGCUAAAAAUCAACGUAUGCGCGAUAAUUGCAUCUGUGAUUCUCCAAAUUGGAAGGAGCAAUAAACUCUGCGACGAGGCGAGUGAUAUAUUCCCCACUACCUGAUGAAGUCAUUCCGAAAUUGGCGGGAUAAGGAACGUACGUAACACGCGUACGAAUACGUAUGCGUAUAAGGAACGAAGGAAGAGGCGCCAUACAUAUCGAGAAACAUGAAUCGGAUCCAGUAGUUGAAACGAGAACUGUUCGAGAACGAUUUCGCGAAUCAAUUAUUGAUCUACGAUCUACAAUCUAUUUACAAUAAGAUCUCCCACCAUCGUCGCCGGUCGAGAUAGCGCACGUGCGUAUGCCCGGCCAUCAGCGCAUCGCAUCCAUGCAUAUGAACGGUCGAAGUGCCGACAAACGAACUAAAGCUUCUUUUAUCAGUCGGCCACGACCGUGUGAGGCAAACAGUUGAGUACGCGCGGCGGUGGUGCGUUUACGGGUGCGAGAACCGCUUCUUUUUUCCUCCUCGUUUUUCCCGCGGCAUUUGUGCACUCCUUCCUUGAGCAACAUUUCCACAACGCUGGAUCGAUCAUUGAUCACGAUCCUCCGUCACCGUACGACAGAACCAACUUUCCGUUUCGGCUCACGUACCGCUGAUCGAGAGGAGUCCCGUACGAAAUUGCACGCGACUUCGACAACGAGAUCGGGCAGCGACAACAGAGCAGAAGUGGCAGGGUUAAACGAAUAUCAAGGAACAAUAAACGCUUUACGAGGAAAUAUCGACACGCUGGCGCAAAUUCUUCAAUAUAUCGUUACUACAUCAAGGCUGACCGAGAUAGGCAGGUCCGACGUGAAAGUGUCUCAGGUCGAUCCCGGACUUUGCCAAUUUCGUAGAGGAUACUACAAGAUCGUCCGCCAACAUCGAACUCGAUAUGGUCGUUUCUCCGGUCUCGUCGACUGAACCGGCGCUGUUCAACGUGACUGAUAUAAAAUUAAACGACUGCGCGGAUCACAAUGAGCAUCUAGCAAACAAACUUAAUAACAGGGGAGUUAAGGAUCACGCGUUUACCAUACAGCGAGACAAUAUGUCGAACGGAAAGGAUAAUUAUGCUUUAGAUUUCGACUGCAUAGAGAAGGCGAUCGAUAACAAAUUAAAUUCAUCCGCCGACAUCAAAGCGGAGCCCGAUAUCGUGAAGAAAGUGGCAGCGGGUCUGAAAAGUCCUAAUGGCCAAAAGAACAAAACGGACAUGUCACUACCCAAUCUCGGUGGUGGAACACUUUCCAGUGGAUGUUCGAUAGUGACGAUCUCUUCCGUCGCAAAUUCAGAUCCCGAUCCUGAGUUCCAUAAUAACACGGAUGGGUUUGGUAACAGCGCGUACAGACACGAAAGAUGGUAUCAGACCACCCUUCAAGUCGCUGUGCCUUUCUUUAUCGCCGGGAUAGGUACAAUCGGUGCUGGUCUCGUACUCGAGAAUGUCAAGGACUGGCCAGUAUUUCGCACCGUUUCUCAAUUAAUCAUUCUUGUCCCUUCGCUGUUGGGUCUGAAAGGGAAUCUCGACAUGUGCUUGGCAUCGCGUUUAUGUACGCAAGCCAAUCUGGGGAAUAUGCACGAGUUUCGAGAGAUCGUGAAAAUGAUUAUCGGUAACAUCGCGUUGGUACAGAUACAGGCGAUUGUCGCGGCCAUUUUGGUAUCAAUUUUCGCGAUUAUUUCCGCGAUAGCAGAAAGUAGCGAGUACAAUUUCGAAUGGAAUCAUUGCCUGUUAUUGAUCGCCUCCAGUGUAUCCACCGCCACGAGUUCUUGUUUUAUUCUAGAUUUUGUGAUGAUUGCCGUCAUCAUAAUCUCAUACCGAUGUAAAAUGAAUCCUGAUAAUUUAGCCACACCUUUGGCUGCCUCCUUCGGAGACGUCGUAUCAAUUAGCAUGCUAUCCACAAUCGCAUCGGCGUUAUUCGAGAGAAUGACCGGUUCCAUACCAUGGAUUUUGUACAUUAUACUCGGUUGUUAUUUGUUGAUUUUACCAUUUUGGAUUUAUGUAGUGCUCAAGAAUAAAUAUACUAGAAACGUUUUAACAUCUGGAUGGAUUCCAGUUUUAUCGGCAUUAUUCAUCAGUGGAUGCGGAGGUUUGAUUCUCAGUGGAGUCGUUGACCGAUUCACGGGAUUCGCCAUCUUUAAUCCAAUAAUAAACGGAAUUGGUGGUAAUUUAGUCUCCGUGCAAGCAUCUAGAAUCUCAACUACAUUGCACCAAACGACGAUCAUGGGAAUUUUACCGCCACAUUCGAAAAUAUUCAUUGCCCCGUGGAAGGCGCUCUUUACAGGCACGCUAUACGCGAAAACAGCGAGAAUACUCAUUUGUAUGGCGAUUUUCGGUGAAUUAAUCUUCAUUUUCGCCGCUGAUUAUAUCCAAUGGGGAAAGUCCACUUUACACAUAUAUUUCGUAGUGUCUUACAUUGUUAUGGCCGUCCUUCAAGUCAUGUUGUUGCUCUACGUGGCGCAUGUUAUUAUACACGCUAUGUGGCGAUUCAAGAUAGACCCGGAUAAUUCCGCCAUACCGUAUCUGACAGCUUUGGGCGAUCUUUCAGGAACGAUAUUUUUAGCAGCAGCGUUUUGGUUUCUCGAAACGAUACAUCACGAUUACAUAGGCAAAUAG